CUGGUCCCUCGGUGGCUACCUCUGACCCUGUAGCUCAGCUGAUCGGCCCCAGACUGGGAGGUGUGGAUUUAAAACCUGAGUAAUGGAGUUAGCCCACAGUUUGUUGCUAAAUGAAGAAGCUUUGGCUCAAAUCACCGAAGCCAAAAGACCGGUUUUUAUCUUUGAAUGGUUGCGAUUUCUUGAUAAAGUCUUGGUUGCUGCCAACAAGUGUCUACUAGAACUCCAGAAUGAAGCUGUUUUCAUGUGGACUGCCGAACUGGAAAAUAUAGCCACUCUCUGCUUUAAGGCCUUGGAAAAUUCAAAUUAUGGAGUGAGAGUGGCAGUGUCUAAACUCUUAGGAACAGUCAUGGCUACAGCAUUGAUGCCAAAACAGGCAACAGUAAUGCGUCAAAAUGUGAAGCGAGCCACAUUUGAUGAAGUCUUAGAACUCAUGGCUACAGGAUUUCUACGUGGAGGGUCAGGGUUCUUGAAGAGUGGUGGAGAAAUGUUAAAAGUUGGAGGAUCUGUUAAUCGUGAAGUGAGAGUUGGAGUUACACAGGCAUAUGUUGUUUUUGUUACAACAUUGGGUGGUCAGUGGUUGGAGCGUAGCUUUGCUACAUUCUUGUCCCAUGUACUUGAUUUGGUUUCCCACCCUCGGGCAACACAGACACAUGUAGAGGCUGUGUACUCAAGACGAUGCGUCUCCUUUAUCCUAAGAGCUACUGUGGGCAGUUUACUAGGUGAAAAAGCCCAGAUUGCAGCUGCCAAAGAAAUAUGCCAAGCUAUUGUCAAAUACAUUUCAACUAUGAUAGAAAUUAAAAAGUGUGGAGAGGGGCCAGCAAAACUAAUGAGAAAUUUGAGAAACGUGGCAGUGAGCAGAUCUAAAGCCACUUUCCUUACAGAUGCACUUUCUGAAGCAGUAGUGAAUGAUACCAGUGGUGAGAACAAAUCUGGCGCCGCGGACAUUGCAGCCAGCCAGCACGUCAUGGUCUGUGCGCUCCAGGAGCUUGGGAGCCUGGUGCAGAGCCUGAAUGCCACCGCAUCCCCUCUCAUUCAGGAGGCGUCUAUAGGCCUUUUGGAGAUUGUGACUUCAGUGCUGCUUCAUCCAAGUAUGGCUGCACGACUGGCUGCUGCAUGGUGCUUGCGCUGCGUGGCUGUGGCUUUGCCUUUCCAGUUGACGCCAUUUCUAGACAGGUGUGCGGAACGGCUCAACAACUUGAAGACUUCACCAGAAGCUGUUAGUGGAUACAGUUUUGCAAUGGCUGCUUUGUUAGGUGGAGUUCAUCAAUGUCCUUUGGGCAUUCCUCAUGCCAAAGGAAAGAUGGUAGUUAGUAUUGCUGAAGAUCUUUUACGAACUGCCGCCCAAAACAGCAGGCUGUCUUUACAGCGCACCCAGGCCGGAUGGCUGUUACUGGGAGCACUCAUGACAUUAGGACCAUCUGUUGUCCGUUACCAUCUGCCCAAGAUGUUGUUAUUGUGGCGAAAUGUUUUCCCUCGUUCUUUAAAAGAAUUAGAGGCUGAGAAGGCCCGAGGUGAUUCUUUUACCUGGCAAGUGACUUUGGAAGGUCGUGCUGGAGCUUUAUGUGCCAUGAGGAGUUUUGUUGCGCAUUGUCCCGAGCUGCUAACUGAAGAUGUGAUUAGAAAGUUGAUGACUCCCAUUGAAUGUGCCAUGACUAUGAUGUCACACAUUCCAUCUGUAAUUAAAGCUCAUGGAGCUCAUCUGAAAGCUAGUGCUGCAAUGGUCCGUUUAAGACUGUAUGAUAUCUUGGCUUUGUUACCUCCAAAAACUUAUGAAGGAUCUUUCAAUGCACUUCUUAGAGAGCUGGUAGCAGAAUUCACCUUGACUGACAACUCAGCCAACACAACUACUUCCCUCCUCAGAUCCCUCUGCCAUUAUGAUGAUAGUGUUCUUCUUGGUUCCUGGCUUCAAGAAACUGAUCAUAAAUCAAUCGAGGACCAGCUCCAACCAAAUAGUGCAUCUGGGAGCGGAGCUCUGGAACAUGAUCCUUCCUCCAUUUAUCUACGAAUACCUGCUGGAGAAGCUGUGCCUGGUCCUCUCCCUCUUGGAGUCUCAGUCAUUGAUGCUUCCGUGGCUCUUUUUGGUGUAGUGUUUCCUCAUGUUUCUUAUAAACACCGAUUACAGAUGUUGGAUCACUUUGCUGAAUGUGUUAAACAAGCGAAAGGGGUCCGCCAGCAGGCUGUGCAGCUUAAUAUAUUUACUGCUGUUCUUAGUGCUCUAAAGGGCUUAGCUGAGAACAAAAGUACUUUGGGACCCGAGGAAGUUCGCAAAUCUGCUCUGACCCUGGUUAUGGGGGCUCUCGACAACCCAAACCCCAUCUUGCGAUGUGCGGCGGGGGAAGCUCUUGGAAGAAUGGCUCAGGUGGUUGGAGAAGCAACUUUCAUUGCUAGGAUGGCCCAAUAUAGCUUUGACAAGUUAAAAUCGGCUCGAGACGUCGUUUCUAGGACUGGUCACUCUUUGGCUCUGGGUUGUUUGCAUCGUUACGUUGGUGGCAUCGGCUCCGGACAGCAUCUGAAGACCAGCGUCAGCAUUUUAUUGGCUCUAGCACAAGAUGGAACAUCCCCUGAAGUCCAGACGUGGUCUCUUCAUUCACUGGCUUUGAUUGUGGAUUCUAGUGGCCCGAUGUAUCGUGGAUAUGUAGAACCAACAUUAUCUCUAGUUCUUACCUUGCUGUUAACAGUUCCACCUUCACAUACAGAAGUUCAUCAGUGUUUGGGUAGAUGCUUAGGUGCCAUAAUAACUACUGUUGGCCCUGAACUUCAAGGGAAUGGAGCAACAAUUUCUACAAUUCGUUCCUCUUGCUUGGUGGGCUGUGCAAUAACACAGGACCAUUCUGAUUCUCUUGUUCAGGCAGCUGCCAUCUCUUGCCUUCAGCAGCUUCACAUGUUUGCACCACGACAUGUCAAUCUAUCUAGUCUCGUUCCUAGCCUUUGUGUUCACUUAUGUAGUUCCCAUCUGUUACUCCGACGAGCAGCCGUGGCAUGUCUUCGGCAGCUUGCGCAGAGAGAGGCCGCUGAAGUUUGUGAAUACGCCAUGAGCCUGGCCAAAAACGCAGGGGACAAAGAGAGCAGUGGUGCCAAUGUGAAUCCCUUUGCACCAGGAGUUUGUUCACGGAGUGAUAUCCAUUGCCGGCACCAAGGUGUUAAUAUAACAGAAACUGGUCUUGAGGGACUUCUUUUUGGAAUGCUAGACCGGGAGACAGAUCGAAAAUUAUGUUCUGAUAUUCAUGACACUUUGGGGCACAUGCUUUCAUCACUAGCAGUAGAGAAACUUUCCCAUUGGCUAAUGCUUUGCAAAGAUGUCCUGGCGGCUUCUAGUGGUACUUGCGUUCUACUUGUAUUUUUAGAUGACCUCUUGGUCCUUCAUCUCUCUGACCUGAUUCGCAUGGCAUUCAUGGCUGCAACUGAUCAUAGCAACCAGCUGCGAAUGGCUGGGCUCCAGGCACUUGAAGACAUUAUCAAGAAGUUUGCAUCUGUGCCUGAGCCAGAAUUUCCAGGUCAUGUGAUUCUGGAGCAGUAUCAAGCUAAUGUGGGAGCUGCUCUAAGACCAGCCUUUUCACAAGAUACACCAUCGGAUAUAAUAGCAAAAGCUUGCCAGGUAUGUAGUACAUGGAUUGGAAGUGGAGUUGUCAGUGAUCUCAAUGAUCUCCGACGAGUACACAAUCUUCUUGUUUCUUCUCUGGACAAAGUUCAGGCUGGAAAAGGAUCUUCCAGCCAACUGUACCGAGAGAGUGCCACCACCAUGGAAAAACUGGCUGUUCUCAAAGCAUGGGCAGAGGUAUAUGUGGUUGCUAUGAAUAUUAAAAAGGAAGCAGAGUCAAAACCAAAAAGAACAAUUAAAAAUACUGAUGAUGAGGAUGAUGACUACGGUACCAUAGAUGAACUGCCACCAGAUAGUUUAAUAACACUGGUACAACCUGAACUGCCAACACUCAGCCGCCUGUGGUUGGCAGCAUUAAAAGAUUAUGCGCUUUUGACUCUACCUGCUGAAUUUGCUAGUCAGCUCCCCCCCGAUGGUGGAGCAUUUUACACUCCUGAGACUAUUGAUACAGCUAGACUUCACUAUCGGAAUUCCUGGGCCCCAAUUCUCCAUGCGGUGGCACUGUGGUUAAAUAGCACAGGAUUUACAUGUUCAGAGUCCACAGAAGCAGCAGCAAUAUCUGGCUUACAAAAACGUUCCACGUCUGUCAACUUAAACCAGGCAUCGGGAGCAGCAGGUGGUACUAAAUCUUUGCCAGAAAUUAAUAAAGACAGAAUGCAUCUGAUUUUAGGUGUGAGCAUACAGUUUCUUUGUUCCCCUAGACCUGAGGAGCCUAUUGAACAUGUCACAGCGUGCCUACAGGCCUUGCAUACCUUGCUAGAUUCUCCUUAUGCUCGAAGCCAUAUUGCAGAAGAUCAGCUGAUUGGUGUUGAGUUGCUGAGUGUUCUGCACCGCCUCCUGUUGACCUGGAACCCAUCCUCCGUCCAGCUCUUGGUUACUGGAGUCGUUCAACAGAUAGUAAGAGCUGCUCAGGAUUACUUGCAAGAAAAAAGAAACACUCUAAAUGAAGAUGACAUGGAAAAAGAGCCCUGUGCUGUAUUAGGAGAAGGAGGUGACAGUGGUGGUCUCAUUCCUGGAAAAUCUCUUGUGUUCGCAACUAUGGAGCUGUUGAUGUUCAUUCUAGUGCGGCAUAUGCCACAUCUCAGUACCAAGAUGUCCGACUCUCCAAGUCACAUCGCCACUAAAACUCGACUGUCAGAAGAAAGUGCUCGUUUGGUGGCAGCCACAGUUACCAUACUCUCUGACUUACCAUCCCUGUGUUCACCUGCUGGAUGUAUGACAAUCCUUCCCACAAUUCUUUUCUUAAUUGCAAGAAUAUUGAAAGACACAGCAAUCAAGUCUGCAGACAAUCAGGUUCCUCCACCAGUCAGUGCAGCUCUUCAAGGGAUUAAAAGUAUUGUGACACUUUCAAUGGCCAAAACUGAGGAAACUCAAAAACAGUGGACAGCACUAAUUCGCAGCACUCUUGCAUGUAUCCUGGAAUAUUCUCAACCAGAAGACUCUGUGCCUACACCUGAUGAAGUAAGCAUGCUAACAGCAAUUGCGCUCUUUCUAUGGUCUGCUAGUAGUGAAAUAAUAGGAGUCCAGUCAUUACAGAACGGCUGCAUGAACAGAUUUAAAAAUGCAUUAAAUUCAUGUGACCCAUGGGUUCAAGCCAAAUGUUACCAGCUUCUCCUGUCAGUCUUCCAACAUUCCAAUCGUGCCCUUUCUACUCCUUAUAUCCAUUCAUUAGCUCCAAUAGUGGUUGAAAAGCUAAAAGCAGUUGAAAGAAACAGACCAGCCAAUAACACAGAACUUUUAGCUGUUCAAGAAGGAAUCAAAGUUCUUGAAACAUUGGUUGCGCUUGGUGAAGAACAAAACAGAGUCCAGUUACUUGCUCUUCUAGUUCCCACUUUGAUCUCUUACCUGCUGGAUGAAAAUUCUUUUGCCUCAGCAAAUGCAGCUUCCAGAGAUCUUCAUGAGUUUGCACUCCAGAAUUUAAUGCAUAUUGGACCUUUAUAUCCACAUGCUUUCAAGACAGUAAUGGGGGCUGCUCCGGAGUUGAAAAUACGCCUAGAAACUGCUGUUCGAGCAAGCCAGGCUAGCAAAGCUAAGGCAGCUGCCAGGCAGCCAGCCCCAGCCAUACAUUCUGCACCAACAAUUAAGCUAAAAACAAGUUUUUUUUAAGUUUUUCUCCCAUUCAUUUUUAUUUAUGUUGUCAACUAGCCCCUAAUUAGUGAUAGCCACGGUAUCAUUCCAGAAUAUGAGCCCUGUUUUAUUUGUAUAUUGGUGUUGUGCUUCCAAAUAGUUUAAGGGAAAUAAUG